CUUUCUCGUCUAUUUACGACACAUAUUAAGCUGUAAAUAUCUGAAUAGCAUUGUGGUAUACGUUGCAGUGAAAUAUUUCAACGCCGUAUGAGGCUUCGAUGUCCGUUUAGUCGCCUAAAAUAAGUUUCCUCAGCCUUGCGUUAAGCGCGGCCUAAUCCAGCCUCGGGGUUUCCUGAUAGUCCACAGCGAGAAAUAGACACCGGGAGUGCGGGCGUUUGUGGCGUUGUUAAUAUAAAUUUGCAUAGUCUUGUCGUUCAAAUGCGAAUUGCUCCACAUCAGGCAGUACGUUAAUCGUUUAAAUUGUGUCUUUAAAACUAACGUUACUGCUAGAACAUUACUCCGUUACUAUUCUACUUGUAAAGAAAUUAAGAAAUGUGUUCGUAAUAACGUUACGUAAACAGACAACCACGGCUUAUACGACGUUUAUACUUUAUAACUUCACUCAUACAUUAUGCACGUAUGCACAUUGUAAUCAACCAUGUAUCGUAUGCAUUACAUCAGGUUAUUUUGUUAUUAAUAAUCGGAGUUGUAUAGACCCUCCCCCUUUUGUACCUAAUUAAAGUUGCGACAAUUAAGUGAAUGUUGAAGUGUCCAACAUUACACACUUACUUAUAUUUUUUUCCAAUUAUUUAAGUGCAUCAUGGCAGUAUUUAAAGAACUCUUUUAAUUUUGGAAUUUUCAGUGUGAACGCACUACUCGCACUAUUUAUACAAAACGUCUUAGAAUAGUGCAAACGUACGCGAUUUGGAACGCACCUAAUAGUUAUGAUCUGUCAUACUGAAACCUGACGUGUCAAGAGCACGCAAGACGUCAAGCUUUUCAUCACACGUAACGUUACAUCUCAUAAAACGAACAAUAUUUACACGAUGAUCUGUUUUCAUGUUACCUCUGGGGGGCAAGUCUUUGAUGUUCCAUGAUGUUAAGGUUUUACAUUAAUUACGUGCCGCUAAUUUGAAUGGAGAGAUUUGCAUGCAUACAGAUGGUAGCGUUAGUUAAAAAUCCCGAAGACAACAAACUUGAGAUUGUUGUUGUGUUUUGCGUGUGUACAGACCACUGUCGUGGUCCAGAGACAUUUGGAGCUUUACCCGAUAUCCAUGCAUCCGUAGCACUUGUAAUGAAUAGCAUUUAGACAUUUCUGCCUGAAUUUAUUUAACGGAGGAGCUAAUAAUCCACCAGGAUCGCUUUGGUCCAAACACUCCGUUAUUUCACCUUUUACUGGGCUGAUACGCUUCAAAUCCAAGUGCUUGCCAGGAAAGGGCGUGUGUAGUAAAACGGGACAUGUCCGGGCAUGAACACAGAGAACCAGACAACUCAGCAAAGAUCGUCUCCCACCACUAGGCGUCUAAAGCUAGUCAAGCUUUGACAUGUCAUGUCCGAACCCGCCCAGGGGAUGAUGAGUAGUGAUGUGGAUUCUAGCCCUGACAUGCCUCUUUGCGUCUAUUUAAACCAUGGACCGGCUCUCAGCAAGCUCCCACUCAUCACUAAGCCAGAGCUCAAGCACUUUAUGUACAGGAAGCAGAGUAUAUAUAGAAGAUUCUUUGUUAGAAUAGCCAAGUUACCUCUGUUUGCACAGAUUAUCUACCAAUAUGGCAACAGAAAGUUGUUUAAGCAGUUCGCAGAUCAGCAAGGUUGACAACGAAAAACUGGUAAGACCAAAAGUUCAGCUGAAAAGCCUGUUAGAGGAUGCAGGUGCAGAUAAAGAUGUCUUCACCAUGAAAGAGGUCUUGUUUUAUUUGGGGAAGUAUAUCAUGAGCAAGGAGUUAUAUGACAAGCAGCAGCAACACAUUGUGCACUGCGGAGAGGAUGCUCUUGGUGCAGUUCUCGGGGUGAAAAGUUUCUCCGUCAAAGAGCCCCGAGCACUCUUUGCACUGAUCAACAGAAACCUUGUGACUGUGAAAAAUACAGAUAUUCAGUCUACCUUCUCUGAACCCAGGAGUCAAAGUGAACCAGACCGAGGGCCCGGGGAUACGGAUUCAGACUCUCGCUCAUCUACCUCACAACAGCAGCGCAGGAGGAGGAGAAGCAGUGAUCCUGAGAGUACUCCAGCCGAAGACGAUCCCGGAGAAUGCAGGAAGAGGCACAAGUCCGAUAGCUUCUCUCUGACAUUUGAUGACAGCUUGUCUUGGUGUGUGAUCGGUGGCCUGCACCGGGAGAGGGGGAAUAGUGAGUCUUCGGAAGCACAAAGCAACUCUGAUGUAGGUAUCUCUCACAGCGAGGGCAGUGAAGAGAGCGAAGACUCUGAGUCUGAAUCUGAUAACUUUAGUGUGGAGUUUGAGGUGGAGUCCAUAAACUCUGACGCCUACAGUGAGCAUGAUGAGGAUUCAUUGCCAGGAGAGAACGAGGUGUAUGAAGUCACAAUCUUUGCUGAGGAUGAAGAUUCGUUUGAUGAGGAUACUGAGAUAACUGAGGCAGACUACUGGAAGUGUGCCGUAUGUUACGAGCUCAACCCUCCUCUUCCUCGCCAUUGCAAAAGCUGUUGGAAAGUCCGACCCGGUUGGCUUCCAGAAACCCACUCCAACAUGGAAAACACCUCCACUAACACUCAACCCAGCACAGAAGACCCCAGCAUCACCACAACUACCAGCUCAGCCUCACAUGCCAAACUGCUUCCUUCCAAACCCUCAAGCCCUCUUCAAGAAACAGAUGAAGGAGUGGACGUACCCGACGGCAAGUGCUCGCAAACUCCUGUCGCAUCUAAAGACGAGCUUCUCUCCUCCACGGUCACCGGCUCGCUGACUGACUCUCAGACCUCAUCAUCGCAGCCCUCAACCUCCUUUGGUGGCAGCAGUCAGGAAGAGACCCCAGAGCUGGAGCGCUACAACAGCCUAGAGGCCUGCCUGCCUGCAACUUGCCUUGAGCCCUGCGUCAUCUGUCAAAGUCGCCCCAAGAACGGCUGCAUCGUCCACGGAAGAACUGGACACCUUAUGGCUUGCUACACUUGCGCCAAGAAAUUAAAGAACCGGAACAAGUUGUGUCCGGUGUGCCGAGAGCCCAUUCAGUCAGUUGUGUUGACCUACAUGAGCUGAGACACUGCAGAUAUACCUCUUCUCCCCUCCUCACAUGAAGUUUUGCGUUCAAAUGUAAUAUUUGUAAUAUGUUACUGAUUGAUUAAUAAAUUGUAUUUAUGACUCACCAA